AUUCCCCCGCUGCUCCUCUGUUCAACAAAUAAUACUUUUCCUGUGCACUGUCACUUAUUCAGCUCGGGGUUCUCCAGGAGACAAUAACCUGUGAUACUGCAGAGAGAGAGAAGAGAGAGAGAGAGAGAGAGAGAGUGUGUGUGUGCAUUAUGGAUGUUCUUGUGCCCUCCAUGCUAGGGGAUCCACACCUUAUGGCUGAGCCAGAGAUCCAGAUCUUCGAGCAGCCCAAGCAGAGGGGGAUGCGCUUCAGGUACAAGUGUGAGGGUCGCUCAGCCGGAAGCAUCCCCGGGGAGAAGAGCUCGGACAACAACAGGACCUACCCGAGUCUGCAGAUCCUGAAUUACUGCGGUAAGGGGAAAGUGCGCGUCUACUUGGUGACCAAGAACGAGCCUUACCGACCACAUCCACACGACCUGGUGGGGAAGGACUGCAAAGACGGAUUCUACGAGGCCGAGUUUGGUCCAGACCGCAGAGUGAUCGCUUUCCAGAAUCUGGGUAUCCAGUGUGUGAGAAGGAGGGAAGUGAAAGAUGCGAUCGUACAGAGGAUGACCAGAGGGAUCAACCCCUUCAAUGUGCCACGUGAGCAGCUGCUGCAGACGGAGGAGUACGACUUGAACGUGGUCCGUCUGUGCAUCCAGGUUACCCUGCAGGACGAGAACGGCCACUACACCCGCCCACUCAACCCCAUCGUCACAAACCCCAUCUACGACAACAGGGCCCCAAACACAGCCGAGCUGAGGAUCUGUCGGGUCAACAGGAACAGUGGCAGCGUCAAGGGAGGGGAUGAAAUCUUCUUGCUGUGUGACAAAGUACAGAAAGAUGACAUCGAGGUGCGAUUCUUCUCCUCCGACGGCUGGGAGGCCAAAGGCUCCUUCUCCCAGGCCGACGUUCAUCGCCAAGUAGCCAUCGUCUUCAAGACUCCGCCUUACUAUAACACCUCCAUAAUAGAGUCAGUCACUGUGCACAUGCAGUUGCGCCGACCUUCCGAUCAGGAAGUCAGUGAACCGAUGGAUUUCAGAUAUCUGCCCGACGACAAAGAUCCUUACGGCUACAAUGAGAAGAAGCGCAAGAGAGAGAACUUGAUGAGGAUACCAGGAUUGUCAGGUGGUGCUUUUUCUUGCCUGGCUAUGAACAGGCCAAAAGCAGUGUCGCAGAGCACCUUGAGUCACAUGCGGAAAGACCUCAGCAACAUGUACCUGAGGCAACAGCCCACAGCGACGAUGCAUCAACAACCUGCUGUGUUCAACCAGUCCUACCAGCCGGGCCCACAAAAUGUGAUGAUGACGUCACAGGCUUCCAAUGUACCAGUCAGCCAUUCAUGGGCAAAUCCCAACCCAGCACUCUCAAUGGAAACAGUCACCAUAAACCCGUCUGGUGGCAUGGGCAAUCUGUCACGUCCUAAUAGCAGGCAACAGCAGCCAAACCGUGGAUCCGGUUAUCCCCAGAGAGUGGAGCCCAACAACUUUGACAGUAACAUCCUCCCUCAGCUCUCCAUUCGGGACUUGCAGUGCUUGGAUACAGCCACCCAGGUCCCAGGAAUGAGCCAGUCAGAGUCCCAGCAGCUCUUCCACAUGCAGCACCAAAGGGAGGAGCUUGCCUCUGACACCCGGGCCCAGAACCAACUUGGCAACCAGAACCAGGGUCUCCAGACUGCGUGGCUGAAUUUCAAUAACCUCAAUCCAAUCCAGAACACCUUUAACGGGUCGGUACCUGGAGGCGGAGGGGGGUCACAAGGGCUAGGCUCUUUCCCAUUACUAGAGGGAAUAAAUGAAGAUGAAGCUUUUGUGAAGGGCCUGGUGGGAAUGUCUCAGACUGGCUUCCAGCUGAAGCAGGAGCCCCAGAUCACAGUGGGACAAGAGAGCCAUGCUCCCCUCAUGCAAUCCCCAAGGGAAAACCAAGGAAAUACUUACACCAACUUGCUUCCUCGUCCAAUGAGCAAUGGCACCAACAUGGAUCCAAUGAGACAAGAUGCUAGCGGCAACACCCAGGCUCUUAAAAACCUGCAAAAUCCUUACUCAAACAACGGCAUGGCCUCCGACAACCACUUUCCAACCUUGGCUGACUGGAUCAAAGCAACUCGGCAAAGUGACUAAAAGGACUAACAUUUUUGGUAGCAAGAAAUAAGCAGAGAAAGCACCGAAGGAACGCUUUGGUCUUGUUUUAGUCUUGCAAAGCCAGAAAUGUAUCACUCCUUCUGGCCCAGUUCGGGUCAGUGGGCAUUUGCUUGGGCUAUAACAUUAGUGUACGUUAGCCAAUUGGAUCCAUAGCCAGACAAAAGGCAUUGUUUCUGUCAAUACGCUUGAUUUCAGACUAGUUCCUUCUUUAGCUAAUACUUAACCAAGAGUUAUUCCUUGGCCUGAUUGGCCCAGUGUGCCAUUGGUCUUUGGUAUUAAUCUAGAAAGAAGUUUCUCCUGAAAAUGAUCAAUCCAAUUUGAUUUCUUGAUAAAUUUGACACAUGAAAUAAACAAUGCAGAACCUGUUUCAGAACCUUUAAUUUUAAGAGCACCUUGUUCAAAGCCCCAGUUUACAAGUUCAACCCCGACCUUUAAACUGAGGUGUUGUAGGUUGCAUCGACGUUCUGAACACCUGUUUCCAGUUACAGGUGUUAUGGACCUCAGGGGAUAUCCCCCAUGAUUAGACAGUAAAACUGAGCUCACCUGUGUUCAGCUGGCUUCUGCAAGACUAAGACGUGUAUGUGGUUGAACCACGGCCGAGGUUGUAAUGGUGAUCAGACGACAUCCUGACGGUUCCCAAGCCGCAGUUGAUUUCCGAAAAAGUGAAUGUACUACUUUCUUUCUUUGUCUUUCUCAGGUGAAGUUGGAUUCACUGUCAACAUACUGUAUAGUAAUCAAUGUUUUUAUAAGUUGUUUGAUCUUAAAAAUAAACAAGGGUAAAUGGAUUUUUCGCAUUUUUGAAAGUACAGCAGAAAAAGAAUUUGCUUUUUAUGACUUUUUAUGACUUUUUAUUGCUUUGUAAAGCAUUCCUUCACAUACUGUUUUAUUGAUUUAUUGAUUAGUUUAUUAAGUGCACUCUGUACAUACAUGUUAGCCAUAGUUGAGAGUGAAAGCAACAAUCGCGCUGAAACACUCAAGAACUGGCAAGGUACUGAAAUUUCCAUUGAGGAAGUGGGAGGAAGCACAUUCAGUGUUGUCUUUCCUUUGUAAUGACUAUGUCAUACCAGUGAUCACAUGUGUUAUUCAGAGUUCUCAGAGUAUUUGUACCAGAUGUUUUUAUAAAGACAGAUGGAAAUGUUGUGUUUUAUUCAUUCAGCUGAGGCUCUUACCUUCACAGAGCGUCUUGCUCGAGGACACGUGGCUGAUAAUGAACAAACACUGGCUCUUUGUGCCGAUACAGCCUAGCCCAUCCUUUUGAUUUGUUUUUACUUGUAUGCCUUUCAAAGCUUUGUGGUGUUAAAUGAAAUUAAAUAUUUUGAUGACUAAUGUGUAAGAUUUGCUAUUUUUGGAUUUUUCUAAAGGAUCAGUUCUUAAUAAACAGACGCUGUCUAAUUCCA